AUGUAUAUUUUUUGGGGGGGGGGGGGGGGGGGGGUUUUUUGGGGGGGGGGGGGGGGGGGGGGGGGGUGGGGGGUUGGGGGUGGGGGGGGGUGGGUGUUGGGUGUUGGGGGGUGUUGUUUGUGGGGGGUGGUGUUUGUGUUAUGUGGGAUGGCACUAGUUUUUGAAAAGCCGCACCAGCCAGUUUUGGUGCCUGUGGUGGCGCUAGUCGAUGACUAA